AGAGCUGCGACAUACACAAAGAAAGGGGACAGGAGGGAGCGGGCAGAAGUAUAGGUAUGAGUAGUAGUGAGUACCUGUGUAUAUGAGAACCUGGUGUGAAGGUGGAAUGCCAGUAGAUGAAUGCACAGCUGUGCAGUCUUGUGGAUGUUUGGCUGCCUGGAGGAGUGUGUACCAGAGCUGUGUAUGUGUGUGAGGGCAACUUUGCCUGAGACAGAUCUGGUGGUGCUUCAAGAAGACUUGUUAAGGUCCCUUGCAACCAUGAAGAAGUCUAGAAUGGUACAGGUGCUCCUGGUUCUGGCAAUUCUGUCCUUCCUUCUGAUCCACUUCCACUUCCUACCCUGUAGCGGCAAUGCCCCCUUGGAAGAAAAACCUUCUCCAGUCCACAUCCUCAUUCUGUCCUCCUGGCGAUCGGGAUCCUCCUUCACUGGACAAAUCUUCAGCCAGCACCCCAGCGUCUUCUACCUGAUGGAGCCUGCAUGGCAUGUGUGGGUUACAAUGUACCAGAACAGUGCCAAAGUCUUGCACAUGGCAGUGCGGGACCUAGUCAGAUCAGUCUUUCUGUGUGACAUGUCUGUGUUUGAUGCUUACAUGUCUAGCCAGAAGAAAAAGUCUGAUUUAUUUAAGUGGGAAACAAGCCGAGCCUUGUGCUCCCCCCCUGCCUGUGACUCAUUCAGUCGCAGUGACAUAAUCACGGCAGGCAAUUGCAGAACGAUCUGUGGCAAGUACCCGUUCAGCAAGGUGGAGGAAGCUUGUAAAACCUACAGCCACGUUGUCGUCAAGGAGGUUCGGUUCUUUGACCUGAAAGUUCUCUACCCCCUUCUCACUGAUCCGUCCUUGAACCUCAGAAUCAUUCACUUGGUACGUGAUCCUCGGGCUGUGUUCACAUCCCGAGAGAAAACAAUGGCAGACCUGAAACGUGACAGUAACAUUGUUGUGGGGUCCCAGAGGACAGAGGGAGAAAUGGGGCCCUACAACACAAUGCAAGUAAUCUGCAAAAGCCAUGUUGAGAUUUACAAGGCAGGCAGGCAGGCCAUUCCCAGCUUCCUGAAAGACCGCUACCUUCUGGUUCGCUAUGAAGACAUUGUCAGAGACCCGCUAGCAAGGGCUGCUCAGAUGUACAGGUUUGCAGACCUCCAUUUCACACCAGAACUUCAGAAUUGGGUGCACAACAUCACCCAUGGGAAGGGGCAAGGAGCACAGGCCUUUGAUAUUGGGUCCAGAGAUGCGCGGAGAGUAUCCGAAGCCUGGAGGAACACCCUUCCCUUCCAGAAGAUAGAAAAAGUGCAAAAUGUGUGCAAGGAUGCAAUGGACUUGCUGGGCUACCGGCUUGUUCAGUCUGAAGAAGAGCAAAAAAAUAGGUCCCUGGAUCUUUUGUUUCCCCAGGACUCCUCUGAGUAACAAAUUCUGAAGGCAGAAAAGUGGUUCUCUGUACCUACUCUCUGAAGGCUGCAGAGUGGAGCUGAAGAGUGGAGAACUGCAAAAGAGGACAGAGGUGCACACACGUGUGUGUGAAAGUGCGUGCAUGGACAUGCUAUGCAAGGACAAGUAACACAGGAACCCCGACUGCACUCAUGAGAGCUUUCUCAGCAGCACAGGGUCGCUCUCUAAGGCCCCUGGAGGCUCAGCCACAAUGCAGGCUGAAGUAAUGCAAGCCUGUUUUCCAAAUUAAGUCCAUGGUUUAUGCGAAAGAGGAAGUACAUGUAGGUUGGAGCAAACAAUGCCAAAAGGGUGGGACCGAUGGCAGAGCGCAAACCCCUCACAGACUGCAGCUACAUACUAUUGAAACCGCAUGGAGCAAUUGCACUGCAAAGGAACAGGGGAUAUAAAUGGAAUCUGAAUAAAGAGAGCAUUAUUUGUCAUGCUGCCACCCAGCAUAUGUAAGGCCAGAGUGACACAGGAUGACCAGACAUUGGUUUCUAGAAGAAUCCUUUUUUCAGAAUGGUUGAGUUUUCAAGACUGGUUUCUGUUUUGCUCCAUUCCUGUGACUGGGCAUCCAGCCUUGGUGGCAAUGUUGGGUAGAUAUGUGUGUCCACUUAGUAUAAAAUGGGAAAAGGGAAUAAACCAGCUAUAGUUGAAAAUAAAAACUCCAGGGUUUGCGUAUUGUGAUCCAUUUCUGGGACUAUGUGAAUCCAUUUAUUUUUGAGCUGAAAUAAUUCUGUCUUCUAGCUUUCAAACCAAGAAUAGUUGUUCCCCUGGGAGUUCUCACAGUCCACAUAUGUGACUGAGAAGGAUUCAUGCUAAGGUUGAGACUCUAAGGACAAGGUAAAGACACGGGUUCUAUUGCUAUAAAUACUGGAACUGGGAAGAUAGGUUUAUGGCAGUGGACAGAAGAAGCCAAGAGGAGAACAGGAAGUUAUCCUAUUGAAUUAUUUGGUGAGAGUAUUUCCUGUCUUAGAGCACAACAAAAUUAUAUUUAAUAGACUCUGCCAUUCUUCACCAUCUCCAUUGGCGACACCGUUCUCCUGCCUCCAAUGGGAAUAUGGAGCUCAAACCUGAACAACAGAAUUACUUUUACCUGUUUUUAACAGUGUUCUAUAAGACAAGGAGAAAAGCUUGUUACCAGACUUGGGGAGUGAAAUGCCUACACAAACCUCCCCCCAAACAUCCUCUUUUGUGCGUAAAUUGCAGUCCCUUUAACAUGCAUCUAUUUAACAGUGCAUUCAGAUAUUGCUCCAGAGCUGCAAUAUUUCCACUACCCUGCAGACAGCAAGGCAGCUGGCCUAAGGCAGGAUCACAAGCAUCAACAAGGGAUGAGGCUUGAUUCUGAGGAUGUGCAUCCUGGAGAGAAGGUGAUUAAGGCAAGGCUGGGCAUUAGAGGUCAUCUGAGGAGCCUGCAGGCAGGAUCAGGGCAUUCAGGGCCAUGGGAAGCUGUGUUCCU